UCAGUUUUUACCCGUUUGUGUCAUUUUGUGCAUAAAAGUGACAACUGAUGUGUAAGUUGUGUCUUUUCAUCAACAAUCCUUGAAUUCCUUUAAGAUUUUUCUUGUUUCUAACUUUAAAAUACUUUGUCAAGUUAUCUGUUUGCAGUUAUCAGUUCUUUAAUUAUGGAAAUUUUUCAUCGGCCAAUAGUCCGACUGUUUCAUUUUGUGAAAUGGAACCCUCAUGUUCUUGCUCAUUAACUAUUUAAUGUGAGACCCUGAUAAGCAUUUUUAAUUAAGUCUACAAUCACUAGCUUAUGUUGAACUGUUUCAUUGUUUCUAUUAGAUAAAGCCCGUAGUUUUUACAUUAGCUUGCUAAGCAAUGAUCAUGAACUUGAUCUGCAUCUGUUUCCAUCUCGAUGUCUCAACUUGCAGUUGACAAUUUACUUGUGGGUUGAAACAUGGUCUUUAAACCAUCGAAAUUGUCCAUUUUGGUUCUCAUUUUUGGGACACUUCUGUUUCUGGCCCUUUCUUCCUAUGCUGAUCCAAUCAUUAACAUAAAUGCCGUUCUUCCCUGUUUCACAGUUACAUGUUACCCUGAAAUUGGCUGCAUAACUCCAUUCAUCUCUCUUAUGAUCAUUUUAGUCCCACCAAUUUCAAUAUGUGCCGAUUCACCCGAAGAAGUAAACGCAACUUAUCACCUGAUGACACCGAAAGUAAAGAAAAGUCAAUUUGGUACUUUGAAAGAUCUAAGACCAGGAACCAACUUAGCCUUUUAUGCUCAUGGUUGUUUCGCAGCUUAUGCUGAUAAACUAACAUUUGCAGUUGGAUUAGCUUUGUUUCAUAAAUAUGAUCAAGUCAUUUUGAUCGAUUGGACUCGUGGUGCCAACCCAAGAAUGUUUGGUAAAGUAUCGAUUCCUCUAGUUAACAUCUUUCUUUGCGCUGCUAACAGUGAAGUACUUGGUCGUCUUGUUGGCAAUGCAAUUAAAUAUGCUGUUACCGAAAAACGAAUCAACCCUAAAAAGAUAUUAUUUGCUGGACAUAGCGCUGGUUCUCAUGCAACUGCUUUUGCUGCUGAACACCUUAGAAGAUGUUGCUUAAUAAAAAUUGGUGAAACUGUUGCUUUGGACUCGAGCACAUCGCCAUUCGCCUUGUCAAAUCGCAAGUUUCCUGAAAAGGGUGAUGCUACUCAUGUUACUAGAGUCCUCUCGACAUUCAAUUUUCCAGUUCCCUUUUUGAGCGAUUUAAGAGCAAUUAUCUUUCAAUUGGGUUACCCAUUUCCCACUUCUGAUACGGACAUUUAUUGUAAUCCACCUUUCUUGUUCAGGGAACAAUUGAUGUGCAUUUCAAUACCAAUGUGCAGCCACUUUUUUUCUGCCCUCACCUUUAUUGGUUCCCUUCGCAAUUGUUUAUACGAGGCCUGGCCCUGUAUACCAAAUAUCUUCUCACCUUUCAAUACAACUUACACUGGAAUUCGCAGUUCAGUUUUUGGAGCAAGAGGACCUCUCUGUAUUCGUACACCCAUUAACCCUAUCAGGUCCUGCGAUUGUUGCUCUAAAGUCCCAAAAUCUAGAUUUAUAAAUGAAGAUGGUGAUCCACAGCAAAGGAUUUUUACAUGUAGUAAUGAUGAUAAAUUUUCAAAAAGACAUCUUUGACCAUUCGAAAGUAUAUUAGCCUUUAUUAAUUUUUUGAAAAUUGUAUUGUUAAAAGAGUGAUCAUCUAGAUUGAAUUUCAAUUUUUAUCAAUAAAGGAGUA